GGGUACAGUAUGUACCAUGGAUUGUUUACUAGUGGGGAUUGCCAUUCACUUUAGCCUAGGUCACACAUGUUACUCUGACUACAUGACAGGCACAUAGGCCGUUCAGCAGCAGCACAUGCUGAGGCUUGGGAGUGCUGGGCUGAUUCCAGGAUGAAUAGCAAUGUAUUUUUGGCAGGCCACUUGCUUAGAUCUGCAGUGUACAGAACACAAGCUCAGACUAUCAUCAUCUCUGACAGCGUAGGUGCGUGCUGAAGCCUGGCUGUUUGCUGUUAUUGUACAUGGGAACAUUCUCAGGGGAGUACCGGAGGGCCCCACCUCAGUAACGGUAGUCCUGUAAUGCUGGGAAAACUCUGAGUUACAGCAGUGUUGCUGAAAGCUGUGUUCCUCCUGCAGCCUUGUCAAUCAGUCAUCUCCUGUCCAUGACCCUUGGACACACUUAUGCUGCUGUGGGACUCAUCAGGGUCCCAGGAGGAAAUAAUAAAGAACAAUGACUCGUGAAGAUGAGUUACCUGACUGGCAAAAUUCUCAAGAGUUUUAUGAGAAAUAUGAACCUAAAGAGAUCCUGGGAAGAGGAGUUAGCAGUGUGGUACGUCGAUGUAUCUUCAAGCCCACCAGGGAGGACUUUGCUGUCAAGAUUAUUGAUAUCACUGGGGAACAUUUGACACAAGAGGAAGUGAAGGAGCUCCGAGAAGCUACCAUCAAAGAGAUCGACAUAUUGCAGAAGGUCUCAGGACAUCCGAAUGUCAUCCAGCUGAAAGACAGUUAUGAGUCAAACACAUUCUUCUUUCUUAUCUUUGACCUGAUGAAAAGAGGGGAAUUGUUUGAUUAUCUGACAGAACAAGUCACUCUAAGUGAGAAGGAGACAAGGAAGAUAAUGCGAGCCCUUCUUGAAGUUGUUGCAUACCUGCAUUCCCUAAACAUUGUUCAUAGAGACCUAAAACCAGAAAACAUUCUGCUGGAUGAUGACAUGAACAUCAAGCUGACAGAUUUUGGAUUCUCUUGUCAGAUUCCUGAAGGAAAGAAACUAAAAGAAAUAUGUGGUACUCCAGGAUACUUGGCCCCUGAAAUUCUUCAGUGCUCCAUGGAUGAGUACCAUCCAGGCUAUGGUAAAGAAGUGGACAUGUGGAGCAGCGGAGUGAUCAUGUAUACCCUAUUGGCAGGAUCGCCCCCAUUUUGGCACAGGAAACAGAUGUUGAUGUUACGAAUGAUAAUGAAUGGAGACUAUCAGUUUGGUUCCCCAGAGUGGGAUGACCGAUCAGACACAGUUAAAGACCUGAUUGCUAGACUACUAGUAGUGAACCCUGAAAGACGUCUCACAGCAGAAGAGGCACUAGCACAUCCCUUUUUCCAACAGUAUGUGGUAGAAGAAGUGCGCCAUUUCAGUCCAUACAGAAGGUUUAAGGUGCUCUGCUUAACAGUUUUGGCCUCUGUUCGUAUUUACCACUACUACCGUAAAGUGAAGCCGGUUACCAAGGAGAUUGUUGCACGGGACCCAUAUGCAAUUAAGCCUAUUAGGAAGAUGAUCGAUGCCUGUGCAUUCAGGAUUUAUGGACAUUGGGUGAAGAAGGGGGAACAACAGAACAGAGCUGCCCUCUUUGAAAACACAGCAAAGGCCAUUCUACUGUCCCUGGCUGCAGAAUCCAGUAUAUCCUAAAGUGUUUAUGAGGAUACAAGCAUGCUUGGCCACUUCAAGGAUGCACAGAGUGAUCGCAACUGCAAUACAAAUAUUUGUGUGUAUGUAAAUAUAUUUAUUCAAUAUUUAUGCUAUAUAAAAAUGAAAAAAUGUUGUUAUCUGAUUUUUAAGAAGUUUCCAUUUUAAAUGUACACAGAUUGAUUUCCUAUUUGCUAUUGGGAUGCACUGUAAGUUAAUUUGUCAGAUUUGUUAUUAUCCUUUUGGAGAAUGUAAUGUGAAUCUGUCAGUACAAUAAGAGACCUUGGUUAAAUGCAAAAUAUUACAAGUAGAGGGCUGAAUGGUUAUUAAUAACCCUUUACAAAUGUUUAAAGGGGUACUCUGGUGGAAUUAUAAUUAUUUUUUUUUUAAAUCAACAAGUGCCAGAAAGUUAAACAGAUUUGCAAAAUUACUUCUAUUUAAAAAUCUUUAUCCUUCCAGUACUUAUCAGCUGCUGUAUGCUCUACAGGAAGUUCUUUUCUGUCUGACCACAGUGCUCUCUUCUGACAUCUCUGUCCAUGUCAGGAACUGUCCAGAGCAGGAGAGGUUUGCUAUUGGUAUUUGCUUCUACUCUGGAUAGUUCCUGGCAUGGACAGAGGUGUCAUCAGAGAGCACUGUGGCCAGACAGAAAAGAAAUUAAAAAAGAAAAGAACUUCCUCUGUAGUAUACAGCAGCUGAUAUAUACUUGAAGGAUUAAGAUUUUUAAAUAGAAGUAAUUUACAAAUCUCGUAACAAAGAAAAAUGUCCGGCAACUCACCGUCUCGGCGCUAACUGCUAGCAGGCUUGGAUUCCGUCCAUGGGGCAGAGGUAAGUGUGGGAAGCUCAGGAAUCCAAGCCUGCUAGCAGUUAGCGCCGAGACGGUGAGUUGCCGGACAUUUUUCUUUGUUACAAUUAUUGUUUCUCCUGCACAUUUCAAUCCUGGCACCACCGCAGCGCAUGGUAUAUACUUUUACGAACAUGGACUACCACUAUAGUCUUUAUAACCUCGGACCCAAUGUAUAAACGGUGUUUUAUUAUUGCAAGAGAUAUUUUUUUUGAACCGUUAGGUGCCACCCGCAUUAUGUUUUUCUAUUUUAUUAUAAUUUACAAAUCUGUUUAACUUUCUGGCUCUAUUUGAUUUAAAAAAAAAAAAUGUUUUCCACCGGAGUACCCCUUUAAGUUUAGUGUAUUCAUGAGAACAGGAAUGCCCGUGUCUCCCCACCUCCGCACUUUUGAGCAAUGGCUGCCUCCAUACUUUCUAUACAGCUGCUGUCACUAAAAUGUGAGAAGGACUGGAGGAGGCAUCAGCAGGGUUCUCUUAAUAAAUAGAAUUUGUUAUUAGACAAAUGACAUAUGCUUUGUGCCAUUUGUAAUACUUUUACACAUCAAUUUAUAAACUAGGGCGGAAUAUUAUGCUGACCCAUC